AUGAGGACAGCCUGUGCGGGGACGGCAGCGAGCUGAAGAUGUCCACCUCCCAGAUCAAGAGGAAGAAACGCCGGCACAGGACGGUGUUCACAGCUCACCAGCUGGAGGAGCUGGAGAAGGCAUUCAAUGAAGCUCACUACCCUGACGUCUAUGCCCGGGAGAUGUUGGCCGUGAAGACAGAGCUGCCAGAGGACAGGAUACAGGUUUGGUUUCAGAACCGAAGAGCCAAGUGGCGGAAGCGGGAGAAGUGCUGGGGACGGAGCAGCGUGAUGGCCGAGUACGGCCUCUACGGGGCCAUGGUGAGGCACUCCAUCCCUCUGCCCGAGUCCAUCAUCAACUCUGCCAAGAGCGGGCUGGUGGGAUCCUGCGCCCCAUGGCUGCUGGGUAUGCACAAAAAGUCCAUGGAGGUGAGCAGGAAGGCAGAGAGCCAGGAGAAGCUGGCAGAUGGCUGGCGAGCGGAGCAGCAGGAGGAAGAGGAACUCAAAGGGAAGCAGGCCAGUUCCCAGAGGGGGUCCGACAAGCUUGGCCCAGCAAAAGAUUCAGAGGACACAGCCAUUGACCUCUCCAGGACAGCCAAGCAUGAGAAGAGGGGUGUACUGAGGCAGUGCAUCAAUGGGGACCCCCCCACAGAGCUGAGCAACAGGGACCACUGA